AUGGCCAAAUCCAUCCUCCUCCUCAACGGCCCCAACCUCAACCUGCUCGGCACGCGUGAACCACACAUCUACGGCUCAACCACACUGCCCGAAAUCGAGUCCUCGUGCGCGACCCACGCUUCGACCUUCGGGGCUACGCUGGAAUCAUUCCAAUCGAACCACGAGGGCGCGAUCGUGGACCGCAUCCACGCGGCGCGCGGGCACGUCGACGCCAUCAUCAUCAACCCGGGGGCGUACACGCACACGUCGGUGGCAAUCCGCGACGCAUUGCUGGGGGUGGGGAUCCCGUUCGUCGAGCUGCACGUGAGUAAUGUGCAUGCGCGGGAGGAGUGGAGACACAAGAGCUAUUUCAGCGAUAAGGCGAGUGGGAUUAUUGUUGGGCUGGGCGUGUAUGGGUAUCGGGCUGCGGUGGAGUAUGUGGCGACGCAGUGGAAGGUUUUGGAUAAGCCUGCUUUGUAG